CAUUCUUUUUUUUUUUUUUUUUCCAACACACAAUGGCCGCGCGUCCUGCCGGUGCCACGCCGCUUCCGCCACCACGGUUUGUGGCUCUCUUCGACUUUGAUGCAACCACCACGGGCGAUCUCGGCUUCAAGAAGGGCGACACGCUGCUGAUCAUCAACAAGGACGACGCCAACUGGUGGACGGCCAAGGCAAGCGCGACUGGCAAGGUCGGCACCAUCCCUGCCAACUAUGUCGUCCCCAUUCCUGCCGAGAACGAGAAGCCCACCCCUCCCGUCGGCUCCAUUCCCACACCAACGGCUGCGACUGCUGCUGCUGCUGCGCCGCCGCCUGCUGCGCCCGUUUCUAAGAGCACGCCGGUGGCCUCGUCGCCUAGCGCUGGCGAGGAAGGCCGCGAGUCCAACAACAAAGUUCGGUGGUUCCACGGCAAGAUCACCCGUGAAGAAACUGAAAAGCUGUUCGAGCAGCAUGGUAGCAAAGAUGGCCUCUUCCUUUUGCGAGAGAGUGUCAACUAUCCUGGCGAUUACACUCUUUGCGUCUGCUUUGAACGCGGUGUCCAACACUACCGCGUCGAAAAGGUUGCGGAGGGCGGCAAGUUGACAGUCGACCAAGAGUCCUAUUUUGACGAUAUGAUCCACUUGGUGGAUCACUAUCGCAUGGAAUCAGAUGGCCUGUGCACUCGCUUGCGGCAGCCGAUCGUCAAACGCGGUCCGCAGCCAAAGAUUGAUCCCAAGAUUUUCAAGAAGGCCGGCUGGGAAAUUCAACGCUCAGAAGUCAUUCUUGGCAACAUUCUUGGCAGCGGUAACUUUGGUGAGGUCUACGAGGCAACUUGGCGCUCUCAGAAGGUUGCCGUCAAGACGCUCAAGGGCGAGAACGCAAUGGAAGAUUUCUUGGCUGAGGCCUCCGUCAUGACACGUCUGCGUCACAAGAAUCUUGUACAGCUGCUCGGUGUCUGCCUGGACAUCACCCCCAUUUAUAUUAUCACCGAGUUCAUGUCGAAAGGCAGCUUGCAGGAUUAUUUGCGCUCGCGAGGGCGCCGAGAAAUCCCGAUGGCCACCCUGUUCUCCUUUGCCCAGCAAGUGAGCAGUGCGAUGGUUUACCUCGAGAGCCGAAACUUUGUUCACCGCGAUUUGGCUGCACGCAACGUUCUUGUUGGAGAUGAUAACACGGCCAAGGUCGCCGAUUUCGGUUUGGCCAAGAACGCCAACGAGCAAGAUGUGGUUGAGGGUGGCAAGAUCCCCAUCAAGUGGACUGCUCCCGAGGCGCUGCUUAACAACACUUACACCAACAAGUCUGACGUCUGGUCGUUCGGUGUCGUGCUCUGGGAAGUGUACUCGUUCGGUCGCAUCCCAUACCCCCGCAUGUCACACACAGAGGUCGUUCAGGAGAUCAAGCGUGGUUACCGAAUGGAAUCGCCUGAGGGAUGCCCCACUGCUAUCUACAACAUCAUGCUCGCAUGCUGGCAGAUUGAGGUUGACCGACGACCCAGCUUCAGGGAGAUUGAGACGCAGCUCGAGAAGGCUGCUGGCACUGCAAUGUAAAAAAACAAAAAAAAAAAUGGCCCCUCUCCUCUUCCUUGACUGCGUCGUCGUCGUCAAGUCGUUUCGCGCUUUUUGUUGUGUUUUUUGUAGCUGUCUCUUUGUUUCGCUGUGCUGUGCGUGCAUGGCUGCACGGCGUUUUCGGGUCUCUCGUGAACGGUGUUUUUGUGUCAUAUUUGGUAAAACCUAUUCAUCCUUUCCGUC